AUUCUCUCAGUUAGAGAUUUUCAGUCGUAGCGAUCGCUUCGCUGCCACCACCACCAUCAUCAAUAUUUUUUUAAAAAAGUGAACAAUUUCAAGUGUUUUUUCAUUCAACGGCCGUUACUAUCGAAAAUAAGUUUAAAAUUGAAUUGUUGCCACGGUGUAUAACAAGGAUUAAAAUACAACCAAACAAUUAACGAAAUGGCGCUUUGUGAUUGUCCAGUUGGGGCGCCCAUAGGGCCGACCUUGGCGUCAACUUGUGGCGGCGGUCCAUUCAUGCUAUUUAUGGGUUUAUUAGAAGUAUUUUUACGUUCACAAUGUGACUUGGAAGAUCCAUGCAAUCGACCCAAAACUCGCUCGGUUCCUGAUAAUGAGUAUGACUUCAUAGUUGUCGGAGGUGGUAGUGGUGGAAGUGUGAUUGCAUCAAGAUUAUCGGAGGUACCACAUUGGCGAGUUUUACUUAUCGAAGCAGGGGGCGACGAACCGCUUGGUGCCCAGAUUCCGUCGAUGUUUUUAAAUUAUAUUGGUAGCGAGAUCGAUUGGAAAUUCAAUACGGAGCCAGAGAAAAAAGCUUGUCUAUCAUCACCGGAACAACGAUGCUAUUGGCCGCGAGGUAAAGUUCUCGGUGGCACAUCGGUUAUGAAUGGCAUGAUGUACAUCCGAGGCAACAAAGAAGACUAUGACGAUUGGGAAGCAAUGGGCAAUCCAGGAUGGAGCUAUGAUGACAUUUUACCAUUUUUCUUGAAAUCAGAAGAUAAUCUACAAUUGAACGAAGUUGACCCGCAGUAUCAUCGUGUUGGCGGUAUGUUACCGGUUUCAAAGCCACCAUACAAUCCACCCUUGUCUUUUGCAAUGCUUAGAGGCGCCGCUGAAUUAGGCUAUGACAUCCACGAUUUGAAUGGUGCUAAUUCGACUGGUUUUAUGAUCGCGCAAUUAACAACCAAAAAUGGUGUUCGUAUGAGUGCAGCUCGUGCUUUCGUUCGACCGGUAAUCGAUCGACCAAAUUUACAUGUUAUGCUGAAUACAACUGUAACCAAAGUGCUUGUACAUUUAAAAUCGAAGAAUGCUCAAGGCGUUGAAAUCGUCGAUGCUGAUGGUCAUACAACAAAAAUUUUGGCGAAAAAAGAGGUGAUCGUUUCGGGUGGAGCGGUUAAUUCACCGCAGAUUUUAAUGCUCAGUGGCAUUGGACCCAGAGAAGAAUUGACACGAGUUGGAAUUCGUCCAAUCGUCGAUUUGCAAGGUGUUGGCAAAAAUCUUCACAACCACGUCGCAUUCUUCACGAAUUUCUUGAUCAAUGACACCGACACAUCGCCAUUAAAUUGGGCCACCGCAAUGGAGUAUUUGUUGUUCCGUGAUGGCUUAAUGUCUGGCACAGGCAUUUCUGCUGUUACUGGAAAAAUUUCAAGUAAAUACGCUGAACCAGCUGGUGUGCCUGAUCUUCAGUUCUACUUUGCUGGAUUUUUGGCAAGCUGUGCAAAAUCGGGCCAAGUAGGAGAAUUGUUGUCAAAUGGUUCUAGAGCUAUUCAAAUGUUCCCGGCUGUUUUACAUCCAAAGAGUCGCGGUUAUGUCACACUUCAUUCAUCGGAUCCAUUGGCACCACCGAAAAUUGUCGCCAACUAUCUUGAUGAAGAGCAUGAUUUACGUGUUCUCAUUGAAGGCAUUAAAUUUGCAAUUCGUUUGUCGGAAACAGAUGCACUGAAAGCAUAUGGCAUGCAAUUGGACACAAAACCAAUUCCAGCUUGUGAACACAUUCACUUCGGUAGUGAUCAAUAUUGGGAGUGUGCUGUUAGACAAAACACUGGCCCGGAAAAUCAUCAGGCCGGCUCAUGCAAAAUGGGUCCGUUGAGAGAUCCAUUGGCUGUUGUCGAUCAUGAGCUACGUGUUCAUGGUGUACGCAGUUUGCGUGUUGUGGACGCCUCUGUUAUGCCAAAAGUAACAUCAGGCAACACAAACGCCCCUAUUAUAGCAAUAGCCGAAAAAGCUGCACAACUGAUUCGACGCGCAUGGGGAGGUCGCUAGUACGAUGUUAAGCAUUUAAAAUAGAAUCUAAUAAUUCGUUUUAUAUUACCAUGGUGACAAAUACAAAAAAAAAAUAGAUUUCCUUCAGAUAAAUUUUGAUCCGUUUAUAAAUUGAAAAUCAGAAAAGAGAACAUUCGAAUGUACGAGAAGAUUUUUUUUUUUAAUUU